GCCUUGGAGAGCAAGGGCGAGGCUCUUGCUGUGAGCCUUGAUGUCGCGAAGGCCUUCGACAGGGUCUGGCAUAGAGUACUUCUAUCAAAGCUACCAUCUUAUGGAAUCCCGGAGGGUCUUUGCAAGUGGAUCGCUAGCUUUUUGGAUGGGCGGAGCAUCACGGUCGUUGUAGACGGUGACUGUUCUGAUACUAUGGCCAUUAACGCUGGCGUUCCACAAGGUUCGGUGCUCUCCCUCACGCUUUUCAUCCUGUAUAUCAAUGACAUGAUGUCUAUUGAUGGCAUGCAUUGCUAUGCAGAUGACAGCACGGGGGAUGCGCGAUAUAUCGGCCAUCAGAGUCUCUCUCGGAGCGUGGUGCAAGAGAGACGAUCAAAACUUGUGUCUGAAGUGGAGAACUCUCUGGGGCGAGUCUCCGAAUGAUAUGAUGGAAUGAGAUACCAAGUUCAAUUCAACCCGAUAAAGACACAAGUUUGCGCGUUCACUGCGAAGAAGAACCCCUUUGUCAUGGCGCCACUAUUCCAAGGAGUAUCCCUGCAACAUUCCCAGAGUAUCGGGAUACUUGGGGUCGACAUUUCGAGCGAUGUCCAGUUUCGGAGUCAUUUGGAAGGCAAAGCCAAGUUGGCGUCCAAAAUGCUGGGAGUCCUCAACAGAGCGAAGCGGUACUUCACGCCUGGACAAAGACUUUUGCUUUAUAAAGCACAAGUCCGGUCUCGCGUGGAGUACUGCUCCCAUCAGUGGGCCGGGGCUCCCAAAUACCAGCUUCUUCCAUUUGACUCCAUACAGAGGAGGGCCGUUCGGAUUGUCGAUAAUCCGAUUCUCACGGAUCGUUUGGAACCUCUGGGUUUGCGGAGAGACUUCGGUUCCCUCUGUAUUUUGUACCGUAUGUUCCAUGGGGAGUGCUCUGAGGAAUUGUUCGAGAUGAUACCGGCAUCUCGUUUUUACCAUCGCACCGCCCGCCACCGGAGUAGAGUUCAUCCAUACUACCUGGAGCCACUGCGGUCAUCCACAGUGCGUUUCCAGAGAUCUUUUUUGCCACGUACCAUCCGGCUUUGAAAUGAGCUCCCCUCCAUAGUGUUUCCCGAGCGCUAUGACAUGUCCUUCUUCAAACGAGGCUUGUAGAGAGUAUUAAGCGGUAGGCAGCGGCUUGGCUCUGCCCCUGGCAUUGCUGAAGUCCAUGGGCGAUGGUAACCACUCACCAUCAGGUGGGCCAUAUGAUCGUCUGCCCACAUGGGCAAUAAAAAAAAAACAGAUCAUGGGGUAGAGUUGACAGAGUAGGAAAGCGGCUCCGUCGCGUACUGACUUAAUGUGGGGCCUGAAUGUCACCCCCCGCCCCCUUGUCGAGAGGGACGCCUAAGUACUUAGUCUUCGAAGCCCACGGUAUGGGCUGGCCAAAGAUUUUUAUGGCGAGAAUAGUUAUCGCGCCUAAUUGGUGACGAGAUACUAACAGUAGUAUCGGGAGGGCGACCCCUUUUGAAGAGCAUGCCUGUGCUUUUCAUGGGUUUAUGUCAAUGCGCCACUUUCUGAACCACUGUCCUAAAUUAGUGGCCACGAUCUGGAAUUUACUAUGCAUGAAAGACAUUCCUACUUGAGUAGAGGAGUGCCGUAUUUAACAGGGCUAAGUUGGUCACCGGCGACUUGGGUAUAUCGUUAAUAAACAGGCUGAAAGGUAGCGGGGAGACAGAGAGCUCCCUAGACUCGAUAUCGAAACGAACGGUUCGACAAGAAGUCUCUUAAUAUGAGCAUGACUGGUUACUGGCACGACUUAAGUGUAUAAUCUAUGGGCACGACUAUGACUAUACAGUUUGUAAAUUAAACUGUUGUCAGAGUUUGUCAAACACCUCCGCGAAAUCGAAGAAGAGGGUAUAAGAUAUCGAAGAUUAGCUCUACUAAAAUGUGGUCCGUGAGACGUUACACUUUUGAAUGCACGAGUGUUUCGCACGGAAUUCGAAUUGUUCGUCGAUCAGGAUGCCUUUUGAGGUGUUGAAGUCGGCGUCUGCGUAAAGCAUUAAAAUAGAUGAAAUCAAAAUAAGUGUAAACUUAACUGAGUAUCGAAUUAUCGCAAAAAUAUAGUCCCUGAUUCUUUAUUGGUUGAAAAAUUAAAGCGCGUGGAGCGCGUAAUUUAAAUUCCUAAUUGGAAAUAAUUUUAUGGUUUUUUAUCAAAACUGAAAAAAUCGAAUGUCAAUUUUCAAGGGUGAAAUAUCGAUUCAGAACUAAAUAUCGAUUUAAGAAAUGGCAAAAAAUCGGUUAUUCGAUUAAUCGAUCUCAAAUCGCCAUCCCUAACCUAAAAAUAAUAACAUUUGCAACAUGUUUAAUCCAUUUAAAAAUAUUUUCGUCUCCAAUUUGAAGUACAAUCAAUGUAACAAUUUUCACACCAAUUCGUUACAUCUAGCAUGGACAAAGGCGACUGCACCAAAAUCUUUUAUUCAAAAUAACAAGAAAAUUUAUCCUCCACAACAAAUUGAUGAACCAACUCGACCAGCAUUUGUGUGUCAUCAAAAAACUAAUAUUAAAUACAGCCCAGAUAAGCUUUGGUAUGUAGCCUGUCUCAUACGAGGAAUGACUGUUGAUGAAGCACUAAAACAAUUAAGUUUUGUCAAUAAAAAAGGAGCAUUAUUUGUAAAGGAAGCUGUAUUGGAAGCUCAAGAGAUGGCCAUCAAAGACCACAAUGUAGAAUUCAAAAGUAAUCUUUGGGUUGCGGAAUCGUUUUCAGGAAAAGGUAUGGUGUUUAAAGGUAUAAGGAGACAUGCACGAGGCAGAUUGGGUGAGGUGCGCUAUAAGUAUAGUCACUACUUUGUGAGACUUGAAGAGGGCAAGCCACCUACUGAUUAUUAUAAACGUAAACCAUUACUACCUUCAAAUCAGUUACAAGAUUGGCUAGAACAAAUGAGGAGAAGAAAAAUAACAAACUCUUAUUAAAUUAAUGUACAACAAUAAUUAGAAAUAGAUGUUAACUUUUACUUCAAUAAAUAUAUUCUAUAAUAAAAAAAAAA